AUGAGCCGGACGGAUAUGGUUCACUACGUCGAUGUGAGCGGCGGGUGGGAUGCGGGUGAGUGCGAUUGGUGCUUCGACCGUGCCGUGGCGUACAGAGCUGCGGACGCCCUAGGUGAGGGCGUCACGUCGUUUCUUGUGCACCUGCAUCGCGAUCAGUCACCCGCCAUCCCCCGUGCUCCCCCAAGCCGACCCACCAGGGCGAUGCUUGACUUUUCCUGGAAUGUACCGGUGCAGCGGAUAAGGGGGCAGCAAGGGGGGCUGGGGGGACAGCAGGGGAGGCAAGGCGGGCAGCAAGGGGGGAUGGGAGGGCAGCAGCGGAGGCAAGGCGAGCAGCAGGGGGUGUCUCCUCGGGAGCAGCUCGUCUGGAAGUGUGAGAAGGUACCGCUGCUAUGCGUGCAAGCUAUGCUGCUCGAGUGGAUGGCUGAGCCUCGUGUAGGUGUGCUCAUGGACCUGGGGAGGAUCAGAUCCCGCCUGCCUGCUGUUCUGGCCAAUCGAGGCUCUCUUGGGGAUUCCCCUACUGCAUCAGCUGCUUCUGCAUCUGCUGCUGCCCCUCCUACUGCUGCAGCGUGGUCCCUCUGCUGGCGCUGCAGCAGCUGCUGGGCUGCCUACCGCCGUGCUGUCAGCUUCGCUGCCUUCCUCGUGCUCGUGGCGAGGUGGCCUCGAGUUGACACAGUAUGGAAGGCGCACGUGAAUAGAUACGAUGCGGGGCUCGUGUACCCAGCCCUGGUGGCCCAGCUGGGGGCGGGCAGGCAGGUGGAGAACGAUUGCUUCGCAUCCGUGUUGGUGCAGGUGCUGGGGUUGAAGGAGAGUGCUGAUCUAAAGGAAGGGUUUGGGUUCUUUGUGCAGCAACUGCUGUCAGGCGGGCUGGAGAAGACAGAUGCGGAGGGGAGGAGUGGUGUUGGUGAAGUCGCCUCUGUGUUUUCCAAGCCAGAGCACCGCAAUUUGGGAGUGAUGCUCUUUGCGAGGGGUAGGAGUGCAUCCAGAAAUGGGGUUGAGGAGGCAGUUAUUGAGGAGGCCAGGGAGAGGCUGAGACAGCAGGGCCUACAGAACGGAUUGGCAGCAGGGGUGAACGAGGGAGGGGCAACAGGAGAAGGACUUAAAGCAGCAGCAGCGGCGGCUCCAGCAGCAGCGGCUCCAGCAGCAGGACAGUCAGUGAGAGCUGGCUGUUCUCUUGGCAGCAGCGAUUCCGAUGGGAUUCGUGGCUUGGUUAGCUGCUACAGCGGUUGUACCGGUAGCAGUGGGACAUUCAGCUCUAAUCUCAUGCCUGUCAACGCAGACCCUGUUAUCGGGCUGCUCACCUAUCGGGUUGCUCGCAUAUUGCAGUGGCUUCGGAUCUACGGCUCAGAUUCCAUCUCUGCCAAGAGCUGCUUCAAGGACAGCCCACGAGGAAAGGUCCUGCCCAUGCGCCACCCGCUUCGGGAUCUUCCGAGCCUGCUGGUCAGGUUCGGCGCUGUUCUCCCGCCACUGGAUGGAGGCAGCCGACUUGCGGAGUGGGAGGAGUGGCCUGAGGGGGAUGAAGCUGCUGUGAAGUUUCCUGUCGACGCCAGUGCCAGAUGUUUCGGGCUGGGCCGGAGGAAUAGCAGUCUGGGUCGCAAGAACAGAGGUCAUGUGCAACGCAGCAGCAGGGGAAGUCUUCGACGAAAGCUCCCACUGAAGAAGCGCCUGCAUUUCCGAGCGAGUGCUAUCCCAUCCAGGUUCGUCUCCCUCGUCCCCGUUGUCGCUCUCAUCGCCAACUUCGCCUACCUCCCUGCCGCCGCUCUUCUCGACUGCGUCCUCUCUGUCUUCCCGCCGCACACUGAGGAGUUCCGCCGCCUUCUCAAACGCGUGGGGCUGGCCGUUCCGCCCACCCCCGUAUCUGUCUCGCUGAGCAGCCUUUCUGCCACGCGCAGCAGGCUGCUUGAGUUGAUGGAAGAUGCGGAUUUCUUCCGCAUCUCCUUCCUGCUCCACACAGCGCUUCUUUGCUCCACGUCUCUCCUGGAGCAGAUCAGGCCUGAGGGGCAGCAGAGUUUGCUCGUUGGAGGAGAGUGCAAGGUUGUGUGGGAGGAGGUACAGUCGUGGCUUAUGGCAGUAAUGCUUCCGGUUGGUGGUGUUGGAGCGAGGGGGGCGGCCUGCAGUGGCAGCCAGUCAAGGAAGGAGGAUUUGAGUGCACGUAUGGAAGAGGUAACUGAGAUGUAUCUUAGUGUUCAUAGCAGCAGCAGCAGCAGCAGCAGCAGCAGCAUCUUUAGCAAGCAGACAAGCAAGGAGGGGAAUGAGCCAGAUUACCUGAAGGCAUGGCCGGGGGGAGUCAAUCUGUUCGCAUGUCUGCGAGAGAUGCUGCUGGGGGAACCAUGCUACCGCCCUGCCGCUUCUGCUGCGUAUUCCAUCCCUUCUGCAGCGAGCAAGCAUACUGCUGCUGUUGCUCCAGACGUGCAAGGCCGUGUGUGCGGUGCUGCGGGGUGUGGGACGGUGGAGGGUGGUGGUGUGAAGCUGAGAAUCUGUGGUGCGUGUGGCAAGGUGGCGUAUUGCAGCAGAGAGUGUCAAAAGGCGCACUGGCCCUCCCACAAGCUCACAUGCCCAGGCAGGACCAGCGGCAAGAGGAGUGGGAAGAACAGUAGCAAGGCCUGA